AUGUCGUGGCUGCCUAUGCUUGGCCUGACUGCCCUGCCUCAUCUAGGGGGGCUCUAUGGAGGCUACGUGACACGCAAGCAGGUGAAAACCUGGUACCCCACUCUCAACAAGCCGUCAUGGCGUCCACCUAAUGCUGCGUUCCCGAUAGUGUGGACCACCCUCUACACAGGCAUGGGGUGAGUGAGAGACAGCAUACUCUAUCAGGUUGAAAACAAUCCUCUUAACCCCUUCCAUUAUCAGAUUUUAAUUGCAACCUGUAAAGCUACACCUAUCUAGAUUCUACAUAAUAAUGCUGUUUCCCAACUGAAUGUGGUGGAAAUCAGCUUCACACAUUUCAUUCAGUAAAGCAUGUUACCACUUGUUUUUUAAAUGAAUCAUGAAAUAUGGAACUGACAUGCAUUUUAUUUUUGAUGAUCACCCUGAUAGGUAUGGCUCCUACCUGGUGUGGAAGGAGUGUGGGGGUUUCACUGAGGAUGCUGUGGUACCUUUGGGACUCUAUGGGUUGCAGCUGGCUCUCAACUGGGCCUGGACUCCCAUCUUCUUUGGAGCACACAAGUUGAAAAUGGUGAGCUCUCAGAUAUUGCAAUGGUCGUGGGCUGAGCAAAAGGACUCAUGGCUUCCGGUUUUGAGAUUGAGUUCUCUUGGUACAUAAAAACGUUUUUUUUAAAGAGCAGUACACUCAAAAUGAGAAUUUCUCUGAAUAUUAUUUUUGCCAUUAGGUGAUCCGUAGACACUUUCCAUUGUAAAAACCACCUCCAUUCUGCUGCCGUGAGUGUGACAUGACACAUGAUCCAUUGUGUCCUCUCUCUCCCAGGCACUCAUAGAGAUAGUGAUGAUGACUGGUGCUGUUGGAGCCACCAUGGCAUCCUGGUAUCCCGUAAAUCGCACUGCCAGCCUGCUCCUGACACCCUACCUGGCAUGGCUGUGCCUGGCCACUUCCCUUAACUACUGCAUCUGGAGAGAUAACCCAGAUGAGGAUGGAAAGGAGGAGUAG